GCCGCGUGAGUAUAGGGCGCAUGCGUAUUUGGAGCAGUAAGGCUCGACAGAGAGUUUUGGGUACUGUGAAUAGGCGUUAAGAAGCUGUUGGAGGUGCUUUCCAUUCCAGUUUUGAGGGGGGAGCCGGACGAGACCAUGGGCAAGCUGAACGUCGUUUUGCUUCGAUACCUUUCGCGCGACCACUUCAGGGUAUUGACUGCGGUGGAGAUGGGCAUGAAGAAUCAUGAAAUAGUCCCUCCUAGCUUGAUUGCUUCCAUUGCCAGUCUCAAACACGGGGGAUGUAACAAAAUCCUGAGAGAAUUGGCAAAGCACAAGCUAUUGGCUUAUGAACGGACUAAAACUGUCCAGGGUUAUCGCUUAACUAAUGGAGGAUAUGAUUACCUUGCCUUGAAUACUCUCUCUUCUCGACAAGUUAUCUCUUCUGUUGGAAACCAGCUGGGUGUCGGAAAAGAAUCAGAUAUUUAUAUAGUUGCAAAUGAAGAGGAGAAACAACUUGCAAUGAAGUUGCAUAGGCUUGGGAGAACAUCCUUUCGGAACUUAAAGAACAAGCGUGACUACCACAGACACAGAAAUAAGAUGUCUUGGCUUUACCUGUCACGUCUUGCUGCAAUGAAGGAAUUUGCCUAUAUGAAGGCUUUGCAUGACAGAGAAUUUCCUGUUCCAAAACCAUAUGACUACAAUAGGCAUGCAGUAGUAAUGGAACUGGUUGAUGGCUAUCCUCUGUGUCAAGUGCAUCAGCUUGAAGACCCUGCCUCGCUAUAUAACGAGUUAAUGGAAUUAAUUGUAAAACUAGCCAACCAUGGUUUGAUUCAUGGUGAUUUCAAUGAAUUCAAUCUCAUGUUAGAUAAUGAAGAUCAGGUCACAAUGAUUGAUUUCCCACAGAUGGUGUCAACCUCACACCCAAAUGCUGAAUGGUAUUUUGACAGAGAUGUGAAAUGUGUUCGUGAUUUUUUUAUGAAGCGCUUCAGCUAUGAAAGUGAACUCUAUCCAACUUUCAAGGACAUUAGGAGAGAGUGCUCCCUUGAUGUAGAAAUUGAAGCUAGCGGUUACACCAAAGAAAUGCAGGAAGAUGAUGAACUGCUUUACCCCACUGGCCCUGAUUAUGAGGGUCUUAAAGCCAAGUUUUCACUCUCUGUACAAGAUUCUGAAGGUGAAGUAGCUGUAUGUAGUGGCCCAGAUCAAAAGACUGACAGAGACUUUACAGAUGAAGUAGCAGAUGCCUCUCAAAACAAAUUCUCUGAAGAUUUGGUGCAAACUAGUGAAGAAGACAGUGGAGAUGAAAGUGAGCAAAGUUUAGAUUUGCAAGAGCUCAGCUGUGCCUUACAAGAAGUUGAAGGGCAAAUUAUUGCUGCUGGAGACAGGGCUAAUGCAGAGAGCCCUGUAAUUGAUUUUUCUGAGGAUAAAAAGAAAAUUGAAAAAUCCACCAAAAUUGAGGAUCAGGCAGGUCAAGGAGAAGAUCCUGCUGACAAAGAAUAUGAAGAUAAAUGCCCUGAUCUGGUUGACUUGUCAACGUGGAACAAAGAAUUCAGGCCUUUCAGAGAUGAAGAGAGCAGGUUUCGCAUCAAUGACCACAGAACAAGAACUACUAGUGUUACUUCAGCUGGCACCACUGGAAGUCAGUCCACAAUUCCUCCAGAACUGGUAAAACAGAAGAUAAAACGUCAGCUGACUAAACAGCAAAAAGCUGCGCUCAGAAGACGGUUGCAGAAAGGAGAAGCUAAUAUUUAUACCAAACAGCGCCGAGAAAACAUGGACAAUAUCAAAUCAAGUUUGGAUGCAGCCAGCUUCUGGGGCUGAUGUUCUACAGAAAUAUUUUCUUUGUGCUCCAUAAAUCAGUGAAUACAAUGACUUUCUGUUUAAUUGAAAUGUCAAAUCAUGUGCUUUACCUUGUAACUGAGAAUGGUUCAAAGCUAGGCACAGUGAUUACAAAUUAAUUUAAAUAUAUUAGUGGGAGAGCACAAAGACUGGUCUCCACAGACCUGCUUGGGCUAUGCACAGUGAAAUUUCUUUACUUUGAGCAAUGACUCGCAUGCCAUGUUGGCAAACUAUUUGAAACUCCCCUGAGUCUUAGCAGUGACUCGCUGUGCCAGUUUUUGAAAAACACAAGCCCAAAGCUGCCUUAAAGCUCAUAGAAAUAAUUUCCAGAGAAAGGAAACUUGGGCAAGUAACUUACAGUAUUUGGACCUUUGAGGCAGAGAACUUAGCUUUGCUUUCCAGUCUGAUCCAUUGUAUAUUUACUCAGAGGCAAGCCCCACUAGCUUACUUCCUGGUCAGUGGUCAUAGCCUUGUACUGCUAGGCUGCAAUCUUGCACAUGCUUACCAAGGAGUAAACUGCAUAGAAACAAAUCCCACUGAGUUCAAAGUAAGCAUGAAGUGAUUAUUAUCCCGUAUAGGAUUGGGCUGCAAAGGUGUUCAGGAGAUCAAUCUAACUGGCGCAAAUCUAUAGGCUUACUAAAAUUAAUUACUAGUUGAUGCUAACUGAAGAUCUUCACUGCACUGUGACUAAACUGCCUUAAAUCAAAGUCCUUGCAACUGUUAAUGUAACACCUUCAGCAAUAUUUUGAUUUCUGAGCUGGAACAAAGGUUAGCAAAUCUUGCAUGACUAGCAGAGCUUUGAACCCAGAAGCUCUGAUUUGAUUUUUCUGCACACCCUCUUGGUUCCAUAUAUAAAUCCUACCCAAACUGACAAGUAAUAAAAAUGAUGUUUCACAGGCCUAGCAGGC